UCCUCACUCACGUGCGUCGUGCUGCAUUUUGUGUCGUUGAGCCUUCUACUUCUAGAAUUUGUCGCGAUUCAAAUCGGUACGCACAGCUGCAGCCCGAUUGUGGUGAGAUGGCCGCUAUUCUGCCAUCGCGAUUUGCCGUUCUGAAAGUCGAGGGCGAGGAUCCGGAAGAUGCUAAACCCGCGAAGAAACCGCAGCCCGCCAAGAGUGGCUCUGCUGGCGAUCGCAACUCCGUGACGGCCAAGCCGAAACCCAAGAAAAAGAAGAAGGCAGCGGAAACUCAGGCCAAGGCGAGGCCAGCCGCACCGCACGCAGGCCAACCUGAAGACCAGAGCGGGGACUGGGAAUCUUGGAAAAGGAGAGAUGAUCAGUUCGUCUCUGACGUCUACGAACAAGAUCUUCAGCAGGCGCUGCUUCUCAGUCGGUUGGAUUACGAAGAGAAGAAAGAUUUCUAUGAAGCUCAGCAGAAAGAAGCUACUAUAGCAAAUGUGAUCACCCCAGGCAGCCGUGGCAAUGCCAGUAAGAACAAGAAGAAGAACACAACAACAAAAAAGGACAAAAAGACAACGAUGUCUCUAGAUGAGUUCAACCAGCUGGCCGGAGCUUCAUCGUCUGUUGAGCUGGGGUAUGAACCAGAGAUCAGAGAAGUUCCUGACUUAAGAAACAAUGAGAAGAGACAAUUGUCACCACCAAAGGAGGCUAUCUUCGAGCAGGUUGUAAAAGAUGCCAAAAAUAUCCUAUCACGAGAACAAAGGAUGGAAGAACUAAAGAGCAAACAGCCUUUCUUAGCAGAGCAGGUCAGAACAUUGCAAUUCCAGGAUGAACUGGAGAAGAAGGACCAGCAGAUAGCCGCACUUAAGAAGCAUAUUGAAGCUCUGACUGCCGAGCUGAAGGUGGUGAAGCUUCGCAACAAACAGCUAUGCAACAUCCUGGCCCAAGGCGAAAUGCAAGAUAAAGCAGAGAUCUUGCGGGAUUUCGAGGAAGUUACUCAGGUCAAGGACGAAUUGACUCAACAGGUUACCGAGCUGCAUGCUGCGUUGGAACAAGAACGAUCAAAGGUGCGCUUGCUGCAACAGGAUCUCAAAAAUCGAUGUGGGAAAACCACG